UUGUAUUUUUGCUGAGAUUUUCCUUUUAAGUUUUUUGUAAACUAAUUCUUACGUUACGCGAGUUCAUUUGUGAUUAAAAAGUAAAGCAUUGUCGCCUCAAAUUUCAGUCUGAUGUUAUUUAUUUACCUCAUGUCGCAAGCGUUAACUGAUGACUUAUGAUCGAAGGUCUAUUUUUUGCAACUUGAUUGAAUUCGGCAAUGUUCAAUGGCUCACUGGGCACGAGUGCAGCAACUGCAUGGCGAGGCCUUGCAACAAGUAGGACUAGUGUAUGGUGAUAAUUUUCCAAUAGACGUGAGAUGUGCUCUUGCACCAUGGAUCGAAAAACAACCCUGGGAAGAACUCGAUCCAGACAAUCCCCAGCAUGAUACAUAUCUUGCCCAGAUAGUGAACACAUUAAUUCAGGAGCUAGAGGCUAAAAUAUCGACAUGUGAUAACUUCCUCAUGAGAGUCAAGUUGAGUGAAGCUGCGUCGGAUUUCAAGCAGAGGUACUCCAGUAACCCCAACCAGCUUGUGAGAAUCAUCAAGCACUGUUUACAAAACGAAAUGCGUAUCCUGCAGCAGGCUGAAGAUUUUUGCCGAGGCUUAACUAGUCACAUGCAAGUAGCCCAUAAUCAUGUGCAAGAAAUCAAUUUAGCUCUUGACAAACUGCGAAACAGAUACCAGGAAACUUCCAACGACUUACGACAAAUGCAGCAAGGGCAAGAAGCUUUUGUUAUUCAGUAUCAAGAAAGCUCAAAGCGACAAGCCCAGCUUCAACAAAUGAGUGGGAAUCCAGAAAUGGUAGCCCGACUCCAACAUGAAAAAGACAUGUUUGACAAUGCUUUGAGACAGAAAGUACAAGAUCUCGUCCAUCUCAGAAUGAAUCUGGUCGACACUUUUCAUAAAAUGAUAUUGGAGCUGACUGAAAUCCAAAAAAGAAUUCUAGACAUAGAGUUAAUUCGAUGGAAACGAGGACAGCAGCUUGCCGGUAAUGGUGUCACUUUUGAAGACAACUUGAAUCAAAUCCAAGAUUGGUGUGAAGCUCUGGCUGAAAUAAUCUGGAAAAUUCGCCAACAGAUUAGACAGGUUGAAACUCUCUGUGGCCAAGUGCCGCUUAAUGUACCAGGCAAUGUGAUGGAGAAGAUCACUGUGCUCAAUACUCAAAUCACAAACCUCCUCUCAUCUCUGGUCACUAGCACUUUUAUUAUUGAAAAACAACCACCACAAGUCAUGAAAACCAACACAAGGUUUACUGCCACGGUCAGGCUUCUAGUCGGAUCUCAGCUGAGCGUACACAUGACUCCUCCUCAAGUAAAAGCAACAAUUAUAAGUGAAGUUCAAGCAAUUGCCCUUCUAAAAAAUGAUAAAGUUGGACCUGGUGAAGCAAGUGGUGAAAUAUUGAAUAAUAUUGGUACAAUGGAAUACCAGCAGUCUAACAGACAGCUUAGUGUAAGCUUUCGAAACAUGCAACUGCGCAAAAUUAAAAGAGCAGAGAAAAAGGGAACUGAGUCUGUGAUGGAUGAAAAGUUUUCUCUACUCUUCCAAUCACAAUUCAAAGUUGGCGGUGGAGAGUUAGUCUUUCAAGUUUGGACACUUUCUUUACCUGUUGUAGUCAUUGUUCAUGGUAAUCAAGAGCCACAUGCCUGGGCCACUGUCACAUGGGACAAUGCCUUUGCUGAGCCAGGCCGUGUUCCUUUCCAAGUGCCAGAGAAAGUGAACUGGCAAGAAAUGGCUGAGGUGCUAAGUACAAAGUUCAGGGCCGCAACUGGUCGGGAACUCAAUGAAGACAACCUUCAGUUCUUGGCGGGGAAAAUAUUUAGAAAUCCCCAGUAUCAAGACGGAAACAUGAUGCUGACUUGGUCUCAGUUUUGUAAAGAACCGUUGCCUGACAGAAGCUUUACUUUUUGGGAAUGGUUUUAUGCAAUCAUGAAAAUAACACGAGAACAUCUGCGAACCCUUUGGAUUGACAGCUUGAUCCUAGGGUUUGUAGGAAGACAUCAAGCUGAAGAAAUGCUUCUGAAAAGGUGUAAUGGAACGUUCCUCCUGCGAUUCAGUGACUCGGAGCUGGGUGGGGUGACCAUUGCAUGGGUGACGGACUCACAACAAAGAGAGGGCCAAGAGGUAUUUAUGGUCCAACCUUUUACAAGUCGGGACUUUGUGAUAAGAAGUUUAGCUGAUCGAAUCAGUGAUCUUAAAAAUCUCCUCUACCUAUAUCCCGAUAUUCCCAAGGAUCAAGCAUUUGGAAAAUACUACACAUACACUGAGAAUCAACCUUCAUCUGUUAAUGGAUAUGUGAGACCAGUUCUAGUUACUCAAAUUCCUGGCUGGAGUGGAACUUGUGGCUUGGACAGCUAUCCCGGCACGCCCCAGUCUGUGAUGCAAUCUCCUGAUCCUGGGUAUCAUGAUCCUCACAACCCUGCUGAUAUGCACUGUGAUCCUGAGAAUUAUGAUGUCUAUGGUGCAGAACCUUUUGGGAUAAAAGUUGAGAGGUGGAUGUAGUGCUUUUGUGUCACUGUUGAUGUAUAAUGCAGUACAGCCUGCAUUUCUUUUUAUAAUUCAAUGUUACGAACUAUAUAUUUUAAAUGCCAGUUGGAUUUGAGCAUCCUUGUGUGGAUCAUUAUCAGAGGACUUUUAAUCAAAAAAUCAUCCAUUUGGAGGUAAACGUGAAUUUGAUUUGUAUGGUGACGACAUCUUGUUAAUAUUUUCAUAGUUUGUAUCGAACUUGUUGCGCUUGAUUGUGUGCAAUUCCAUGAUCAUUUUUCUUUGUAUUGAAAAGUAAUGACAAGAUAUAAUAAAAUGUUCAUUUUAUUGUAAUUUUAUCGUCAUUUUAAUUCAUUAUUAUCAGACCUCAUAUGAUGUUAUUUAGAUUUGAUGUUGAAAAAAAAAAUCUCACAGCUUCGACAAAUGUUGUUAUUUGUUAUGUCUAGAUAUCAAUAUUUUGCAACAAACUUAUUUUUGCUGAAGUGGUUUGUUGUAUAAAGAAAGAAAAGAAAUGUCGUUCUUUCGUACAUGUCUCAACAAACAUGUCGAACUUGUCUCGCUGCAUCAUGUUUUUCAUCUGUACAUUCAUUUAGCACUUCAAGUUUCUUUUUGUUAUCAUUGCUUUGCUUCUAAUAAAAUUAUCUUUCCUAUCAAAUGAGGUCUGAGAUCAAUUUACAACUUUUCUUGUGCAUCAAAAUAAAUGUUUGCUGUCAUGCAGUGCAGUUAGAUACUUUUGAAUUGAUAACAUGAUCCUGAAUCUGAAACAUCCUCUCAUUUUAUAUGAGAGCAAAUGUCAGAUUGAAAAAGCUAUUUCUAAUGGGUUUUUGCGUUUCUUUCACAACGAUCUGAAUUUAUUGGAGAAGCCUGUGUGUAAUACAAUAGCAAAUCGUGUUACCUUUUUUUUUUUUCAAUGUUGAGAUAUAUCAAUUGAUACUUAUUUACUCAACACUAUGUAAUAAGUAUGUAUUUUUAAUUUCAUAUUUUCUAAUGAUAAAAAAUACAAUAUAGCUUUGUUCUAAGUAUGAACUUUAAAAUCUCUAAAUACAUACCGGUAAUAUCCUUAGGUACAUUUAUUUUUAAGAUGUCAAUAAAAGGCACUUUUCCAAAUGAAAAGCUACUAUUUUUUGAACAUAUUACUUUUUUUAUUUUUUAGAGUGCUAAUAACUGGGUAAAAAGCCUUGUUAAUAUCAUUAAAUAGUCUUACAAUUAGACAUGAUAGCACUAAUAGCUCUUUAUUUUUGAGUAAAAAAAAAAGUUAGAAGUAUAACCUUGACAAUUUCAUAUCAACACAUAAAAAUAUGGUCCUUAUAAUGUUCUUGUUGGUAUAAGACAUAUUAAAGUAUUUUUAAAUUUAAGAAGAUGUAUUUUUGUACAUAAGACUUGAUUUUUGCAUUUUAAAAUUGACUUAUCGUCGCCUCAGAGCAACAGUAAGAUGUCUAAUCUCAGAAAUAACACAAAGAUAUCUUACUGUUGCUCUGAGGCGACAAUAUACUACUUUGAUAUAUCUCCAUAUUUAAACGGCCUGCCUUUUUAAACAAAUAUAGCACUUCUAGGAAUAGGGUAUGUUCGAUAACGCUUCACAGGGACCGCGCUAAGUAUUCGCCAAUGCGCCAAAUGUGAUAAAAUCGUAAAUUCUGCAAAAAAAAUUUUGAAUUUGGCGAAUUUAUUGGCGAACAGAAAAUUUUCUAAAAUAUACACAGAAGAAAAAAAAUCUUCCUUCAGAUGUCAAUCUAGAUAAAAAUUAGGUCCGUUCAAAAAAGUCGCACCCCUAAAAACGGACCCUUCGCAAAAUUCCGACCCCUAAAAACGAAUCUUUCAUCACAAAACUCCCAGACUAGCAAUCACUGAAAGUUGUUUUAACCCUAGAUCACUCUGAGCAGAAUGAGGUGCGCGCACGUGCGUUAGCAUUGGAUCGGAGCGUUAUCAUCCAUCGGAUCGGUGGAAGGAUGACGUUUGCCUCUCGCCUCUUUGCGUCACUGUACUUGCGCCUCUCACUGAUUGGAUAUCGAGUGCGCAGCGUGGUUACCGAGUAGAAAUUGUUGGCGGAUGCCUUGUUGAAUGGUGCGUUUGUUUCAUUGUGUUCGAUGUCUGAAACAUCAGAGUAAGAUAGGAAUGCAGUCUUUACUUUAUUAAAAGCUUGUAUUUCUACUCUCAAAUAUUUUUAAGAAUGAUAAAUAUCACUUUAAGUUGUUUUUAGCCAUUUUUCCUUUGAAAAAUUACAUAUGAUUUAUGGAAAAACUACUAAAUUUGCAUUUUUUUUCUCACAAAAUUCCUAAAAACGAACAAAAAUUCCUGGAUAUACCCCUGUCCUUAUCCUCAAAAAAUUGUCAAAAAUUAAGUUAUACUUCACUCUGAUGAAAUAUUUCUGCAGACAAAAAUACAUUAAAAUGAGUAAAAGUUAAUCUUUGACUAAGAAAUUUUAAAAUUUGGCUAAUUUACUGGCGAACAUUUCGAAAUCCUUAGCGCGAUCCCUGCUUCAACAUGUCUCCGCUAAUUUCCCAACCUACGCAUGCAUUUCUUAGAGCCAACUAGAGGGUGUACUGCCUUCUCGAACAAGAAGGAUGUGAAAGAUUUUUCUUGAAACAUUUUUUCUUCUGAUGUUCAUUUAUAGUUCAGCUCUAUAAGUUGAGACCUGGUGUUCCAAAGGUACCACAUUAGCGGCAAUAACACUUUCCCUUUUUGCUAAACUCCUCGAAGAAAUAAACUCUCAACAUCAGCCGUAAAGUUAUCAGAGCUUAUUCAGGAUUUGCAGUGAAGCUGUAACCAUGUUAUAUUAUCUAAAUAGGAUUGAAUUUUCCCUCAAAGAAUUCCCAUGAACUUUCUAUUUUUUUCCUUUCUGGAUGAUAAUGCUGCAAAUCUCUUUCAUGAAAACUAUUUAAAAUAUUAUAAUAUUUAUUUUAAAAAUUUGGAUAUAAUAACCACUUAGUAGUGAGCAUUUUAAUGCUUCCCUUGAGGUUCCAUACAUGACUUGUCUGUAUUAUAACCAGUGAUAUGAAUUGGGUAAUUAAUUACCCAGUGGGUAGGUAAAUAUGUUUUGAGUAUUUACCCUAGGCCUGGGCUUUCUAUUUUUUUUCCUUUCUGGAUGAUAAUGCUGCAAAUCUCUUUUCUUUCAUGAAAACUAUUUAAAAUAUUAUAAUAUUUAUUUUAAAAAUUUGGAUAUAAUAAGCACUAAGUAAUGACCAUUUUAAUGCUUCCCUUGAGAUUCCAUACAUGACUUAUCUGUAUCACAAUCAAUGAUAUGAAUUGGGUAAUUACCCAGUGGGUAGGUAAAUGUUUUGGGUAUUUACCCUAGGCCAGGGCAAAUACUCAAAAACUCUAUUUUGGAGGGAAAAGUAAAAGGUGAACCAAUGAUAAAUUUUCAUCUAAAUACAGAAUAAAAUAUGUGAAAUUGAUACAUACAUAUGUAGCAUACGGUUUGUACUAUUUUUUAUAAAAAAAUUUGAUGAAAUUAUUUAAAAAAUUUGCGAAUCAACUUAUACUUGCAGUCCAAAAAAAAUGUUGGUGGUUCAAUUCACCUUGCAGAUUUUAAAUCCAAUGAUGCAAGGAAAUAGUCUGAAACGAUCCAACCUACUUGAUGGUUUACCUUUUGUUCAUGAAGGACAGAAUCAUUUGAAAUUAGAAAGUGUUCAGCUGAAAUCAUUGUAGGAUUGCUCAUCAUAAGAUUGUGUGAAAAUUAAGUGAGCGUGAGUUUACUAGUAGGGUGGAGAAAUUUGUGAGGAACAAGUGUUAAAGUAACUUAAUACAUUUAAAUGCAUCAGUUACAUCUCCUGCAGGAGAAAGAACUUUCAGCAUUUUCGGGUUAGAUUUUAGAGAUGGGCAAUGUUGUUCUUUGUAAUAAUCUGUUCUUCAGGAGGUCAUUCUUUUUUUUUUUUUUUUUUUUUGACUCGUUCAUUAAACUUGUUCCUUUAAAAAUGUUGCAGGUGAUCUCUCUGCAAGACAAACUCACGUACAUUCGAUAUGUUUCAUUUGAUCAGUAAUAUUCUUUUUAAUGCCUAUAAAAAUAAUCAAAAAAUAUUUUAUUUAGGUCCAGAUGGUAGAAAGUUCAGAUGCACAUAUACCAAUAGAUCAUACGUAACGAAAAAAGAAACAACAAAAAUAUUAGUGACUAGCCGGAGUACCGGAUAAUUAAACUUCAAAAGCAGGUCUCAUCUGAAUAUUAGAAAGCUCAUUACAAUAAAAAGGGGCAUUGGUUACUGCCAUGGAAAAUAAAAACAAAAAUAGAACAUUCUACAUAGUGUAACCAUUUUUUUUUAAAUAUAUAUUUCUGACGUGUACAUUAAGUUUGUAUUAGACAGGAAACUAAACUGCUAAUAUUCGCUGCACUUUUGUUCUUCCUAUAAGAGGAAACGGUUCCAAGAUCGCAUGACUUUAUGAGAUUGCCAGAAACCGAUAUCUCGAGUUUCCGAUUUUUCUAAGGGAUAGAGGGAUUCAAAGUAAGCUCUCAAAAGCUAAUGUCAGCCCUUCUGCUCUCACAACUUAAUAUUUGUUAAGUUUUAAGUGACUAGCUCGCUGUUCUGUUUAUCUUGUCCAUUUCAAACUUUAAUGCUGACUUAUGAGAGCGUAUCCCAUAUGGAAGAUAUCAAGUAAACAACGACUAUUACUGUAAAGGUCAAAAUGCUCUAAAAAGGCGUGAAAUGUUGAAAUCUUUCCAAAAGACUAUUGUUGGUGAAUUUUUACUGUAAAUAUGUAAUUGUCUUUUGUUUAAUAGUUUAAUCCAGACAUGUUUUACUGAUGUGUUAUGAAUUUGCUAAUGUCUAUAACAAGGUUUGGUGUUUCAGAUUUUAUUCUGUUGAAUAUGAAAGAGAUGAAUAA